AUAAAAUGUAAUAUGUUGGAUAAUAGUAAGAAUAUGCUAUCAACACAAGCAAAGUUAUAGGUAAAGGUAAUUACGGAUAGGUUUAUGAAUGUUAUUAUCAAGGAUCUCUCUAACCAUUAUGCGCCAAGGUAUAUCAUAUAUGAUCUUAAUAGGUUUUAACAAUUUAUAAAGAUAACAAAAGUAAAGUCUAAGAGAAAGACAUGGAUAGAGAAAAACAAAUAACAGAGAUUAUUAAGAAAAAUUAAUCAAAUCCUAAUCUUGUAAAAAUUCAUUAUGUAGAACAUGAUAAAGUAAAAUCUUACCUAAUAAUAAUUAUGGAAAAAUGUAUUUCUAGUCUUUAAUAGGAAUGGAAUGAAAAAAAAAUUUAUUAAGAUUUUGAAAUUUUCGAUUUUAUAAAAUAAUUUGUAAAUGGAUAUAAAGCUCUCUUUGAUGCAAACAUUAUACAUAGAGAUAUUAAACCAGAAAAUAUUUUAAUCUAAUAAAUCGGUUAGUAAAAAUUCUAUAGAUUGGCUGAUUUUGGAGUAGGAAGAAUCUAUAAAUUAAAUGAUUUUAAGUUAACAAAAAUAGGAACACCUGCUUUUGCUUCUCCAGAAUUAAAUUCUUUAAUUAUGGACGAUGAACUAGAUCAUAAAUUUUCAACAAUGAAGAAAUAGAAAAGUGUAGUCGAUAUUUAUUCUGUAUUUAUUUGCUACUUAAUUAGCUUGGUAUAAUAUUGCAUAUGAUGAUAACUGGAGGAUAUCCAUUUAGUCUUGAUUAAGCUGGCAUUAUUAAAUUUAUUAAAGAAAUUAAAACCACCCCAUUUAAAUUUCAAUCAUGCUUUAAUUCAAGAUUUACUUAAUUGGUUGAAAGUAUGAUAAUCUAUGAUCCCACUAAAAGAUUGACAUUUUAAUAGUUCCUUGAAGAAAUCAACAGACUAACAAUACCCCCUUUUCCUAAAUUUUAAUCUCUAAAUCCUCAGAAUAUUUCCUAAAAUCUUCAAAAUACUCCUCAAAAUCGUCCUUUCAACCAAACUCAAAACUAAUUUUCUUAAUAAGUUUAAUCCAAACCAUUUCCAGUUUAAAAUCUUUAAGUCCAGCAAUUUUAGUAAUAAGCUUCACCUAUAAAUAUGCCUAAUAUUAUUCAAAUGCAAGUAAAUUUAAUAUAUAAAUUGCAUAGAUAAAUGUAUAGGAUGAAAUUUGUAACUACUUUAGAAAAUUCUUGUAUGUAUAUUUAAUUAUUUCAGGAAUAUGCACAGAAAAAUUUUAAAUUAAUAACACAUAGAAACAAUAUCAAAAUUCCUACUUGGAAAUUAUUAGUUAAUAAAUGAGAUUGGAAAAUUAUAUGAUAAUUUUGACAGAAAUAGUGCAUACUCUGAUGAGGAUGUUAACUUUUAUUACUGUUUAAAAUAUGCUUAAAAAUCUGUAUUAUAAGUUGCUAAAAAAUCAAAAUAGGAGCAAAUAUAAGAUUUAUGUAGUUGAUAUAAAAUAAAAAUUUAUAAAACAACAAAUCAUAUAUAUUUAAUUUUAUUUAUAACAGAACAAAUAGUUUCAAAAUGCAAUGACAUCAAAUAUCUAGGAUUUAACCUAAAUAAACAGAAGCUGAACUUUUCAAUUAAAUAAACUCCUUAAAAUUAGAACUUUCUUUCUAAGUUAACACCAGUAAUUGAUUUUAAAUAGAUUGAAGAUCAUCUAAAGAACUAAAUGAAUGUUUAAAAAGAUUAGGAAUGACUAGGAUUGAUUUAUCAAUCAUUACACAGAUUUAUCAUAUCUGGCUUCAUUAUUUAUUGUUUAUGAGGAUCACAUUAUUAUGA